UUAUUUGGGGUAAAGGUCGCAGUGGACGCUUCUUUAUAUACCCACCGUGGGCAGAUCAGGAGACAGAGAGAGAAAUCCAGCUUAAAAAUUUAAACUGUCAAACUGAUCAUUGUUGAACCAACAUCAUGGCGCUCAUCAGAGGUGUUUUCAUCGUAGCAGCCAAGCGCACUCCGUUCGGUACGUAUGGUGGAGUACUGAAGGAUCACAGCGCCACAGAUCUGGCGGAGCACGCCGCCAAAGCGGCCCUCGCCGCCGGCGCCGUCGCUCCAGAACUCAUAAACAGCAUCAUCAUGGGAAAUGUCAUGCAGAGUUCGGCCGAUGCUCCGUAUAUCGCUCGUCAUGUCGGUCUGAGGUGUGGCGUUCCCAUCCCAGCUCCUGCGCUCACUGUGAACAGGCUGUGUGGCUCUGGUUUCCAGUCCAUCAUCAAUGGUGCUCAUGAGAUUUGUCUCAGGGAGUCAGAGGUGGUGCUGUGCGGCGGUUCGGAGAGUAUGAGCCAAGCCCCUUACGCCGUCCGUAACAUCCGCUUCGGAACAAAGUUUGGGUUUGAUCUUAAGCUGGAGGACACUCUGUGGGCGGGUCUCACUGACCUCCACAUCAAGACCCCGAUGGGCAUCACUGCAGAAAACCUGGCAGAGAAAUACCAGAUAACACGAGAGGACUGUGACAACUACGCGUACCAGACACAACAGAGGUGGAAGGCAGCUCAUGAGGGGGGUCACUUCACAGCUGAAAUUGCUCCGGUUGAGGUGAAGGCGAAGAAGGGGAAAGCGUCCAUGACUCAUGAUGAACACCCUCGACCUCAAACCACGCUGGAGCAGAUGGCCAAGCUGCCUACUGUCUUCAAGAAGGGAGGAACCGUCACCGCCGCCAACGCUUCAGGAGUCUCUGAUGGAGCUGCUGCUCUGGUGAUCUCCAGUGAGGAAGCUCUGAAGGAACAUAAACUCACUCCUCUGGCCAGAAUCGUGUCCUAUCACGUGUCCGGCUGUGACCCGAGCAUCAUGGGGAUUGGUCCAGUCCCGGCCAUCACAGAAGCUCUUAAAAAGGCCGGCCUGUCUGUCAAGGACAUGGAUCUUGUUGAGGUGAAUGAAGCUUUUGCUCCUCAGUAUCUUUCCGUUGCCAAGGCUCUUGGGCUUGACCCAGAAAAAUCGAACGUCAACGGCGGGGCUAUCGCCAUCGGUCAUCCUCUCGGUGCCUCUGGAGCGCGCAUCACUGCUCACCUGGUGCACGAGCUCAGGCGAAGAGGAGGAAAGUACGCCGUCGGCUCUGCUUGUAUCGGUGGUGGUCAGGGCAUCGCCAUCAUCCUGGAAAAGUGCUAACAGACGAAGAAGGUUCUACAGGAUUCCUGUGAAAUAAAUGCCUAACAGAAACACUCUUCACUUGCAUGAGAUCAAAUCUAGUUGGUGCACAGUGAAAGGCAUCUUUAAUGACCAAGAACAACAGCUAAUUUAACUUUUUUCUCAUUCUCUGCCAAUUGAUUUUUGCAGCAUAUGUUUGAGUUUGCCUUAAGAGAUCAGUGAAAGUAAACAAAUUACUGUAAACUGCUUCUAGAGGUUUAGGAGCCCAUUUGUGCCUAAAGACGGAUUUGAUUCUUAGUCAUGCUAACAUGUGCAGCUCGGUAUUGCAAUAAAGUGUUUGCCUUUAAAUGCCCUCCAUCACUUCCAUUUGCGGAUUUAGUGUUUUAUCAGCUGAGGUGACUACAUUUUUGUACUUCUCUGUCAAAGAAUUCCAAAUAAAAUUGUUCAAAAAAGUUUA